AAGAUCUCUCUGCUGAGGAAUGGCUCCUUCUAUGGCUUGGCCGCCCUGGAAAAGCUGGACCUGAAGAAUAAUUUGAUAAGUACAGUGGAGCCCGGGGCCUUCCGUGGUCUGCUAGCUCUGAGGAGACUGGAUCUGUCCAACAACAGGAUUGGCUGUCUCGCCCCUGAAAUGUUUUCUGAUCUGGGAAACCUCUCAAAAUUAAAUUUGUCUGGUAACAUCUUCUCCACUCUGACCACGGGACUCUUCACGCACCUCGUGGCCCUCAAAGUGCUGCACUUCAGCACCGACACUCUGUUCUGUGACUGCCAGCUCAAGUGGCUGCUCCUCUGGGCCCGGCGCCGCUCCGUGAGGAUCGGCAACGACACGCUCUGCGUUUUCCCCAACCGCCUGCAUGGCCUGGAGUUCCGCAGCCUCCGUGAACAGCAGCUCAGCUGCGACGGACCUCUGGAGAUGCCCCUGUUCCAGCUCAUCCCCUCUCAGAGGCAGCUGGUUUUUCGCGGGGACCGGCUUCCGCUGCAGUGCACGGCCUCCCGCCUGGACUCGUCGGUCGAGCUGCGCUGGCGUCACAACGGCCACGUGGUGACCACGCAGGAGGACCGCGGCAUUUACGUGGAGGAAACCCUGCUUCACGACUGCUGCCUGCUCACCAGCGAGGUCGUCCUCUCCAACAUCGAUGUGGCCGUCGCCGGCGUCUGGGAGUGCCUGGUGACCAGUUCCCGUGGCAACGCCUCUCAGCAUAUGGAAAUAGUGGUGGUUGAGACAUCAGCGCCGUACUGCCCUGCUGACAGAGUCACCAACAACAAGGGUGACUUCAGGUGGCCAAAGACUCUGGCAGGCAUCCUGGCCUUCCAGCCCUGCGCUCCCGCCACCUUUGGCUCCGCCCCCCACCCGUCAGGCGGCGGCGGCGGCGGAGGCGCUCCCCCUCACGCGCCGGGCCAGAGGGAGAAGAAGGCGUGGCGGAGCUGCGACCGGACCGGGCGCUGGGCCGAGGAGGACUACACCCAGUGUCCGUACGCCAGCGAGUCGACCCGCGUGCUGCACGAGCUCACCCAGAUUCCCAUCAACGUCACCAACGCUCAGCCGCUGGGCCAGCAGUUGGUGGCCUUCACAAGCAGGGCGGCGCACUUCACCGACGUCAUGGACGUGAUCUUCGUCACCCACCUGGUGGAGAGGCUGACGAGGCUCGUGGGGAAGCGGAAAGAUCUGGGCGACUACAUAUCAGACAUCGCCAGCAACAUGAUGCUGGUGGAGGAGCACAUCUUGUGGAUGGCCCAGAACGAGGCCAGGGCGUGCACGCGCAUCGUGCAGUGCGUGGAGCGCAUCGCCGACCUGGCUCUGACCGGCGACAACCAGGUCAUCUCCAAGGUGUCUGCAAACAUUGCUCUGGAGGCCUUUCUGAUUCGCCCGUCAAACUUCCUGGGUUUGUCCUGCACGGCUCUCCAGCGCCCCUCUGCGCCGCUCGCCUCCUCGCCUCUGACCGGCGGCCAUUCUCAACCCGACAAGGAAACCGCAGGGGAAUCGUUGCUCAACUUCAAAUGCCACACCGUCAACAACAGCGGCUCGCCGGCCAGUCAGCUCAGCAAGCCUCUGCCCUCCUCCUCGGCCGACAGUCGGCGCCUCUUUCCAAAAGUGGAGUUCAGCAGCGGGGAGUCCUCUGCCAUUCGUCUCCACCUCCCCACCCCCCACCACGCUCCCACCCACCCGGUGUUUCUCUUGCACGGCCUCCCGCCUGGACUCGUCGGUCGAGCUGCGCUGGCGUCACAACGGCCACGUGGUGACCACGCAGGAGACCGCGGCAUUUACGUGGAGGAAACCCUGCUUCACGACUGCUGCCUGCUCACCAGCGAGGUCGUCCUCUCCAACAUCGAUGUGGCCGUCGCCGGCGUCUGGGAGUGCCUGGUGACCAGUUCCCGUGGCAACGCCUCUCAGCAUAUGGAAAUAGUGGUGGUUGAGACAUCAGCGCCGUACUGCCCUGCUGACAGAGUCACCAACAACAAGGGUGACUUCAGGUGGCCAAAGACUCUGGCAGGCAUCCUGGCCUUCCAGCCCUGCGCUCCCGCCACCUUGGCUCCGCCCCCCACCCGUCAGGCGGCGGCGGCGGCGGAGGCGCUCCCCCUCACGCGCCGGGCCAGAGGGAGAAGAAGCCUGCAGGUAUUUGCAGAUCUGUGCAUGUAG